GGCUGCUCUCAUAGCCUGGGCUUAACUGUCCGACAAAGGAGUUUUGUCUUUUGUCCUAGGGGCAAUAGGGAGUCAGCCUCUAGUUCAGUUAUGACGCUGCAGCUCUGGCCAGUGGUCCAGAACCCUGUUUUUUCAGGUGCCCUAGGGUGUGGGAUAAUAGCCCCAGCCCUUACUCCCCACCCAACAAAGUCCAAAUGUCUCCUUAUGAUUUUCUCUCCUUGCGCUAUCUCUCUCUGUCUCUGUCUCCUCUCCUCUUCCUUCCCUCUCUCUCCUCCUUCCGCUUUCUCUCUCCCUUUCCUUCUUCAUCUCUCUAUCUCCCUUUCCUUCUCUUUUCCCCUUUCUCUUUCUCCCUUUUUCAUUUUCUUUCUGUCUUUCCCCCUCUCUCUCUUUUUCCUCUCUCUCUCUUUCUCUCCCGCUCUUUCUUCUGUCUCUCUCCACCACCCUUUCCCCCCCUCUUUCUUCUCCCCUCUCUCUUUCUUCCUUCCUUUAAAAAAAAAAAACAACCCUUACCUUCCGCCUUAGAAUCACUACCAAGUAUUUAUUCCAAGGCAGAAGAGCGGGAAGGGCUAGGCACUGGGGGUUAAGGGACUUGCCCAGGGUCACGCUGCUCUCGCGUUGCUCUUUCUUAACUCCUGGAAGGAGGCUGAGGGGCUGAAGUUCGUGGAGCAAGAGGACAGGUCGAUUCGGGGCUCCCCGCCAACCUCAGGGGACUUUCGAUUUCACUUUGGUCUCCCUGCGUUGCUUCGUCGCCUCUGCCUACAGCGGUCCAGGGGCUGCCCGGAGUCACACUUUCCUCAGCCCUGCCACCCGCCCAGGAGGUGCCCCCCUUUCUGAGGCCGGCUCCGCCUCUUCCCUCCUUCCUCCUAGUGUGUCUCUGUACCCCCAGCCCGCACUGUCCCAGACCAGGGAACUGACGAGAGGAUACAAGAGGGACUGCGAGCGCCAGCAUGGCAGGAAAGGACCUGGAGAGAUGCCAGCGGCAGGCAGAUGAAGUGACCGAAAUCAUGCUGAACAACUUUGAGCGGGUCCUGGAGCGGGAUGGCAAACUAGCCGAACUGGAGCAGAGGUCUGACCAGCUCCUAGAUAUGAGCUCUGCCUUCAGCAAGACCACCAAGACCCUGGCCCAGAAGAAGCGUUGGGAGAACAUCCAGUGGCGAGUGAUACUGGGCGUGGUCAUCGGUAGCAUAUUGGUAGUCAUUCUCAUCACGCUGCUGGUCAUCUAUGUCGUCUAGACGUGAGCCUCGGCAUCCAAGGCCAGAACUCGGGGGAAGAGAGGCCAAUCCCAGCCUGACCGCCAAGCCUCAUGUGCCGGGAGGGCCCUGAGAACCAUGGAUGGCGAUGGAGUUGGAAAAACUUUGGGAACUUUUCGUUGGUGAACUUGGUUUCACCGCUUUGCACGGUUACUAGACAUUGAUGCUUUGAGCCUUGAUGACCCUGAGCCCUACAGGGUCCAAGCUAUAUUGCUCCCUUGCUAGCCGUACAGAGUUUAGUAAAUACCACUGUUGGGUAAAAAGUCUGGUUUCUGUAUGAAAGGGUCAGAGCAGGUUCCCUCCUUGUUCUCUCCCCAGGGUGGGCCACCCUCUGCUUAGGAAGUCCACUGCCUCCAAGCCCACAUCCUCAAGGGACAUAGUGUCUCUCCAACUUAGAUGGCCUUUUCCUAGAGCAUACCCUGGCAGAUAAGGUACUGGACUUGGAGACAGGACAAGUGGAGGUUCAAAUCUUUUCUCACACACUUUCUUCCUGGUUUGGGUGAGAUGCUUAAUGCCUUAAUAUGCCUCAUUUUCCUCAUUUGUGAGAACAAGUCUCUAGCGUGUCUUCCAGCUCUAGAUUUAUGAACGUAUGGUCCACCUCAGGUUAUUGAUCUCUCGUCUCCAGAGCUUUCCUCUUUGUGCUUCAGAGGCAGUCCUGCCUCGAUGGUACUUGGAGGGUGUCCUCUGGCCUGAUAUACAGAAUCAAGAGAGAGUUCUCUCUGGCACCAUAACAGGCUACGUUCCAGGAUCUCAAGACAUGACUCUUCCCCACUCCCAAGAUUCAAUAACUGUGCGUAAGUUCCUACUGAGAACCCAAGGACAAUGGCAGCCACUUCCUUCCUCCUUUUUUCCAUAGGGAAGUGCUAGACCUCAGGUCUAGAAAGGACCUCAGAAGCCAUCUAGUCCAGCUGUUAAAUGGCCCACUGUCUGUCCAGCCCAGCUAAGACAGGAGACCCAGCUCAAAAAACCAACAAAACAAAUAUAGAAAGUUAUCUUCAUUGGCAUCCUUAUUAUCAAGCAAAUCCUAUCCCCCCUCCUUAAAAAUAAAACCCUUAGCUUCUGUUUUAGAAUCAAUACCGUGUGUAUUGGUGCUAAGGCAGAAGAGUGGAAAGGGCUAGGCAAUGAGGGUCAAGUGACUUGCCCAGGGUCACACAGCCAGGAAGUAUCUGAAGUAAAAUUUGAACCCAUGACAUUCCAUCUCUGGGACUGGCUCUCAAUCCACUGAGCCCCCUAGGUGCCCUUUUUCCCCUUUCUAAUUCUUCAGAAAAGGCAUUAUUUCCUGAGUGGCCUGGAGUAAAGGCAUCCUACUUUCUCAGUGUCUGGGAGGAGCUGAAUGCCCAGUUUAAGGGGAUUGUGCCCUUACAGCUUCUGGGUAAUGAGCUGGGGUUGGGUGGGAGGGGGAGUGGAAGGCCAGAAUGACCCAGGAUUAGCUCCUAGAUCCAAUAUCGGUUGCUGGGAGACUGAGCUUGCAGCCAGGUGGUAUGGGAAGCUUGACCUUUCCUCUGAUUUAGCUGAUGGGACCAGAAUUCAAGGUGUCAAGUGGCCUUUCGGGGCGACUUGAAUUCCCACCAAAAUCUGUGAGUCAUCCAUGAGCCAGGGCAAGCCAGAAGCAGAGGGCAGAGAAAAAUGGAAAAACCAGGAGAGAGGUGCUUAGUAAGCCCAUCCCCAGCCCUGGAGCCUUUGCUUGGGCCUCCUUAGCAACCAUUCAAGCAAAUUUUGGAGGUGGAUGUCUAGUGAGCAUUAGGAGAAGACCAGCAUUGAUUGUGGACUUAGACAAGCUCUCUGGUACUGAACGUGCUGGUGACACCAAAGGACCUCCAGCCCAGACUUCAAGGAACUGAGUCUAGUACACUGGAAGCAUCACAGGGUUUGGAGUCCAAGGCUCUGGAUCUAAAGCCCAACUCAUCUCCUUGUUACCAGGAUGACCGUGGCCAAGUGAAAAACUAUUCCACAAAAAUUCCCCAAUACUCCAGUAGAUCUGAGCUCUCUUAAGGGUUUGUCCCCAACAGGGUAGCCUGCAACACAUCCCUACCUACUCAUCCUGUGUUUCUCUUGUCUGGGUCUUCCUGCGGGUCUGACACAGAGUUUAUCCAAUAAAUUGGGGUAGGGGGAGAAAGGGCACAGUCCUUGCUUCCUCUUAAAAUUUUAGGGAUAUCAGUGGAGCACUAGGACUGUCUAUGAGCCCUCACCAUAUUAUGACCAGCUCAUCUUUUUAUAUAAAAUUUUUCUUAAUAUAUUUAAUGUUCAUAUCACUUUAGAUUCUCAACAUAUUCCCCCCAAUCCCUUUCCAGAAAGCCAACCCUUAUAGCAAAGAAUAAAAAAAUGCAGGGGCAGGGGAAAAGUUCAGCAAAAUAACUGACAAACUAAGCACAACUGAAAUAAUUUGCAGUAUUCCCCAUCAAGUGUCCACCUCCUCUGCAAAAAGGGGAGGAGGUCAAUUCUAAAAGCUAUUGUUCGAACCCAAGCUUUGUCGUUACAACUCCACAGAAUUCACUCUGGAAUGUUUUUUGGUUGUUCUUUCCAUUUCCACUGUCAUCCUUGGUGUGUAUAUUAUUGUCUUCCUAGUUUACUAAUGUCUAUUAUUUUCCUAGUUCUGCUUAUUUCAAUCUGCAUCGGUUCAUAAAAGUUUUCCUAUACUUC